GGCUCUCUGAACACGAUGUCCACACCUCCUGCCAACAAUGGUGUAUUUGUCGUCAUCCCGCCCAGCAACGCCAGUGGCCUCCGCCCGCCUCCAGCCAUCCUGCCCACCUCCAUGUGCCAACCUCCAGGGAUCAUGCAGUUCGAAGAGUCACCACUGGGGGCGCAAGCGCCCAGGGCCACCCAGCCACCUGACCUAAGACCAAUAGAGACCUUCUUGACCGGAGAGCCCAAAGCUUUAGGGACGGUGCAGAUCCUGAUUGGCCUCAUCCAUCUUGGCUUCGGCAGCGUCCUGCUCAUGGUCCGCCGAGGGCACCUGGGGAUGCUUUUCAUCGAAGGUGGUGUCCCCUUCUGGGGAGGAGCUUGCUUCAUCAUCUCUGGGUCCCUCUCGGUAGCAGCUGAGAAAAACCACACCAGUUGCCUGGUGAGGAGCAGUCUGGGAACCAACAUCCUCAGUGCCAUGGCGGCCUUCGCUGGGACAGCCAUUCUUCUCAUGGACUUCGGGGUCACUAACUGGGAUGUGGGCAGGGGCUACCUUGCUGUGUUGACCAUCUUCACCAUCCUGGAGUUCUUCAUCGCUGUCAUCGCCACCCACUUUGGGUGCCAAGCGACCCGUGCCCAAACUAACGCAUCUGUGAUUUUCCUACCCAACGCCUUCGGCACGGACUUCACCAUCCCCAGCCCAGCCGUCUCUCCACCCCCCGCCUAUGACAAUGUGGCAUAUAUGCCCAAGGAGUCAUCGGAGUAGGAGAUCGCAGCUACGCGUCUGCAGGACGGAGUCCAGGCUUCCCACGCUACCCAGCGUUCCUCCACCCUCACUUUAUUCGUUCUGAGGCAGCCUUUCCACAACCAGGCUCUCCAAGUCAUAUACACUGUGUCACCGAGUGAUGUGUUCCACCAGUUUUCCAUGUCAUCCUGUAGUUUCUUUCUAAAAGAGACAAAAGACUGAUGUCCAGGUUACCCAGCCCUGUCGCCUGACAUAGAUGUCCCCUGGGUUCCUCUGCGCUGUCCUCAGCUCAUCGGCUCAUCGUGGAAAAUCUUGACAUCACAGAGGUUUCACAGGUUUGCCUUCAAGAAGGUCAUUAAGCACUGAGAACUCAGAAUAUUCCAGAAGAGACUGGCAUUUCCGAGGCUCUGGUCUGACCACAGAGCAAGGCAGUGAACCUGACUUCCAGGCUCCAGGCUCCCAAGACCAGUUCUGUCCUUUGUCAUCUGCUGUUACAUCCUUGGGUUUUAGUUUUCCCAUCUGGAAAUUUAAGUACUAAACUACAUAAUCACAAGGCCAACCCAACACCCCUGGACUCCCCGGGGUCCUUGGGUCUAAGCCAGGUAUUGCCCCCUCCCUCCCAGAACCUCCUUUUUCUUAUUUUUAAUAGGACUCUGGCCCUUCCUGGAUACUAGGACAGGAGGUUGCAGAGGAGAUUGACUGACUCUUGCACGGAGGUCACC